GCCAGCAACAGGCUGCUGCCGCCGCCGACUUCAUUCACUCCAGUCGAGGCUGAACCGUCGAAGUGAAAGGAUCAGUCACGAAACCUCGAGUACCGAAGUCGGGUCGUAACACCACCGAUUUAUUUAGUUCGUGUCGUAUUAAGUGCUCUAAUUUCAAAGAUGGCAGCAGAUGAAACCCAGACAGCAGAGGAGGUGGAGACUUUUGCCUUCCAGGCUGAGAUUGCUCAGUUGAUGUCCCUGAUCAUCAACACAUUCUACAGCAACAAGGAAAUCUUCCUUAGAGAGCUGAUCUCGAACUCCUCAGAUGCCCUGGACAAAAUCCGUUAUGAAUCUCUCACAGAUCCCUCGAAGCUCGACGCAGGAAAAGAGCUGUUCAUAAAGCUCAUACCAAACAGGGAUGAUCGAACUCUCACAAUUAUGGAUACUGGUAUUGGUAUGACCAAGGCUGACCUGGUCAACAACCUGGGUACCAUUGCCAAGUCAGGCACAAAGGCCUUCAUGGAAGCUCUUCAAGCAGGUGCUGACAUCUCCAUGAUUGGUCAGUUUGGUGUAGGUUUCUACUCUGCAUACCUCAUUGCGGACAAGGUCACAGUCGUUUCCAGGAACAAUGACGACGAGCAGUAUGUGUGGGAGUCCUCAGCUGGAGGCUCCUUCACAGUGCGACCUGACCACGGAGAACCUAUUGGUCGUGGCACCAAGAUCACACUUCACCUGAAGGAAGAUCAGACAGAAUACUUGGAGGAACGUCGUAUUAAGGAGAUUGUGAAGAAGCACUCUCAGUUCAUUGGCUAUCCUAUCAAGCUUUUAGUUGAGAAGGAAAGGGACAAGGAAGUAUCUGAUGACGAAGAGGAGGAGAAGGAGGAAGAAGAAAAGAAGGAAGGUGAGGAAAAGAAGGAAGGGGAAGAAGACAAAGACAAGGAAAAGCCUAAGAUUGAAGAUGUCGGCGAAGAUGAAGAUGCAGACAAGAAAGAUGACAGCAAGAAGAAGAAAACAGUCAAGGAGAAGUACACAGAAGAUGAAGAGCUCAACAAGACCAAGCCUUUAUGGACCAGAACCCCUGAUGACAUUUCUCAGGAAGAGUAUGGCGAGUUCUACAAAUCCCUGACAAAUGACUGGGAAGAUCAUUUGGCUGUCAAGCACUUCAGUGUGGAAGGGCAGCUAGAGUUCCGAGCCCUGUUGUUCCUUCCCCGUCGUGCUCCCUUCGAUCUGUUUGAAAACCGUAAGCAGAAGAACAAGAUCAAGCUGUACGUACGAAGAGUAUUCAUCAUGGAAAACUGUGAGGAUCUCAUUCCUGAGUACUUGAACUUCUUGAAUGGUGUAGUUGAUUCAGAGGAUCUGCCUCUCAACAUCUCCCGAGAGAUGCUUCAGCAAAACAAGAUUCUGAAGGUUAUCCGCAAAAAUUUGGUCAAGAAGUCAAUGGAACUGUUUGAGGAACUUGCAGAAGAUAAAGAAAAUUACAAGAAAUUCUAUGAAAGUUUUGCAAAGAAUCUGAAACUGGGUAUCCAUGAAGAUGCUACCAACCGCAAGAAGUUGGCAGAAUUACUCCGCUACCACACUUCCUCUACAGGAGAUGAGAUGUGCUCACUUAAGGACUACAUUUCUCGAAUGAAGGAGAACCAGAAACACAUCUACUACAUCACUGGUGAAUCUCGUGAACAGGUGCGCAACUCUGCCUUUGUUGAGAAGGUCAAGAAACGUGGAUUUGAGGUGGUCUACAUGACAGAACCCAUCGAUGAAUAUUGUGUGCAGCAGCUGAAGGAGUUCGAUGGCAAGCAGUUGGUUUCUGUUACAAAGGAAGGUCUGGAACUACCAGAGGAUGAUGAUGAGAAAAAGAAGUUUGAUGAACAGAAGAGCAAGUUUGAGAAUCUUUGCAAGGUCAUGAAGGAUAUCUUGGACAAACGUGUCGAGAAGGUGGUUAUCAGCAACAGAUUAGUCACUUCCCCAUGCUGCAUUGUCACCUCACAAUAUGGCUGGAGUGCCAACAUGGAGAGAAUAAUGAAGGCCCAAGCUCUGCGGGACACUGCCACAAUGGGAUACAUGGCUGCUAAGAAGCACUUGGAGAUCAACCCUGACCACAGCAUCAUUGAAACACUCCGCCAGAAGGCAGAUGCCGACAAAAAUGAUAAAUCUGUGAAGGAUCUUGUGAUGCUGCUCUUUGAGAGCUCCCUUCUGUCAUCAGGAUUCAGCCUGGAGGACCCGGCUGUAUUUGGCAGCAGGAUUUACAGAAUGAUAAAACUUGGGCUUGGUAUUGACGAAGACGACGAGACGGCUGUCGAGGAAUCCAGUGGAGCAGGGGAGGAGGAGAUGCCACCUCUAGAAGGCGACGAAGAUAUCUCAAGAAUGGAAGAAGUCGACUAAGUCUGUUACCCACUAGUCAGUAUGUUAAUGACUCACUUUUAUCAUUCAUUUGUCAUUUUUGAUACAGCGAUUAUAUAUUCCCAAGGCGCCUAUACAAUUAUUUAAUGAACUGGUUAACUUUGCCAAAGCCCAGGUUCCUUAUGCGUAGAGUUAGAGAUGUAGGUUAGCAUGAAACUUCAUUUUGUGGGAAGCUGAUUUUGCUGUAAACAAUUGAAAAUGGAGUUUUUUUUUUAAUGUUGAUCCAUAUUGGACUGCUACUCUUUGGACAUUCCACAUUUUCUGCUCUUGUCUAGUGCACAAACUUUGUUAAUAAAAUGCAUAUAUAGCUA